AUGUUCUUCCUUCGCUAUCUCGAAAGAGAGAUCAGCAUCCAUCCGUCAUUCUUUGGCAACAGUGUGCAUGACAGAUUGAGAGAUCAACUGUACGCAGAUCUGGAAGGAAGCUGCAAUGGAGAGUACUACAUUGUGUGCAUAAUGGACAUUUACAACAUCUCUCCGGGAAAAGUGAGGCCUGGUUCGGGAGAGGCGCACUUUACAAUCCUCUACCGCGCGAUUUUGUGGAAGCCGUUCAAGGGAGAAACAAUUGACUGCGCUGUCACAUCGGUCAAGCCACAAGGCAUCUUUUGUGAGGCUGGACCAUUGACAGUGUUUGUUUCAAAAAUGCAUCUGCCACCUGAUAUGCGACACAACCCGGAUGCCACUCCGCCCCAGUACUCGAACAACGCGGGGGAUGUGAUUGAGAAGGGAUCUGCUGUCAGAGUUCAGCUCAUCGGCUUGCGAAGCGACGUGGGCAACAUGUAUGCUGUGGGCAAGAUGUCCGCCCAGUGGUUCGGUCCACUAUGA